GGACCGCGCUCCGCCUCACGUGGUGGCUGUGGCGUCAGAUGGCGUCUCCGAUCAUGGACGAACCACCUUCUGAUGUGCUUGCAUUUCUGCGUCAGCACCCCAGCUUGAGACUGCUGCCCAACACCCACAAGGUACGCUGCUCGCUAACCGGUCAUGAGCUUCCCUGCCGUCUGCCGGACCUCCAAGUCUACACUAGCGGCAAGAAGUACCAGCGGCUCUCAAGUGCCUUCUCUGCCUUCGAUUACACAGCGUUCGAGCCACACAUUGUGCCCAGCACAAAGAAUCGGCACCAACUGUUCUGCAAACUCACCCUGAGGCACAUCAACAAGUCCCCAGAACAUGUGCUGAGGCACACUCGGGGCCGGAGGUAUCAGAGAGCACUUCAAAAAUAUGAAGAGUGUCAGAAACAAGGGGUGGAGUAUGUGCCUGCCUGCCUUCUACACAAGAGGAAGAAGAGGGAGGACCAGAUGGAUGUCGAUGACCUCCCAGGCCAGAGAACAGAAUUCUGGGAACCAACUUCCAGUGACGAGGGAGGCGCCUUGAGUGAUGACAGCAUGACAGACCUAUACCCACCUGAGCUGUUCACAGAGAGAGAACUGCUCAAGCCUGAAGACUUUCAGACAGACCAACAGGAGAAGCCCAAACAGUCAGAAAAGAGCACUGCACAGAGAGAAGCCAAAGUGGGCCACAAGAGGGGCCGUAAACUCAGGAAGGAGCUCACCCCGUUGACCAAGAAGUUCAAAAGCCAUCAUCACAAGCCCAAGAACUUCAGUUCCUUUAAGCAGCUAGGGAGCUGAAGCCUGUAAAGAAAGCCUUUGGGUGUCCUUGGAACUGGCCACUGAUGUCCUGACACUGGCUGCUGUCCAGAGUGGGCCUGGAGGUUCUGUUCAGAAGAUGGCAUCAGCGGGGUUGAAGAUUCCUCUCCAUGCAUGGCUUUCUUCAUAGUGUUCAGUGACCCUUGCUGUAGCUUACUGUAGCAUCCUGAGCCUGGCCAGGUCCCCAGCCCUGGCUGGUCACCACAUAGGACCACACUGUACACCAAAUGCCAUUAUUUAUUUUGAUGUUUCCAAAGAUCAAAACAUUUCAAACACAACUAAGAUAUAAAAUACAGCAUAAAAAUGAGGUUUAUACCUAUUCCCACAUAAAGCUAAAGCAUUUUCAGAAAACUUUUGCCAAACCAUUAUGUGUUGUUUUUUUUUUUUUCUCCCAUCCCAGGCAUAGCCCACAGAAAGCUGGUAAAUGGGCUGGGGUACCCUUGGGGUGAGGGCUACUGCUGCAAGGCAUGCACUUGCCUCCCACUCCACAUUGGAAUGUCAGGGGGCUGCACUGCAGGUGGGUGCACCCUGAGGCAGCUCUGCUUGUCAAGCAGCUGAGUGGUAAAGAAACAGCAUGGCCUGGGCCACUGCUGGAGCUCACUUAGGGAAGUCAGCAGGCCAGACGGCUGCAGUAGGACACGGGCCAGGUGCUGAGAAGGUGGAUUCAGACUGCAGAGCCAGCCAGGCAAGGGACAGACCUAAGGUGACUCAGAGAACAGUCCUGCCCACCCAGCUGAUGCCAGAAAGCAGGACCUCCAAGACUGUACCCAAGGGGGAGGUAAGCUGCCAGCUUCCCUCCAGGGGUUCUAAGCCUGUCUGUCUGUUCCCUCCAGUAUACCUGGAAGAGAUCCAGGAGGAACCCAACUACACUCAUGGCACUACCAUGCAGAUGAGCAAGACCACAGCAUUAGACACCCCACCCCUCCCCCAAAAAGAGAAACACGUUGUAAGGCAAUGUUAGAAAACUUUAAAUACAGGACUGAGAUCAAAUUGGUAAGGCAUCACAAAUGUAAAAAGUAUCUUGGCUGCAUCCAGCAGAGCAAGUUGACAAAAGUCUGAGCAAGCAACAGCCUCAGGGAAAUGGUGGCCUCAGGGCUGUCGAUGGGGUAAGCUCAGCCUGGAACAGGAAGUUAAGCUAGGGGAUUGGGGGGAGCAGAACCUGUGGAGUUCAGGCCUUGCUCUGAGACGGUCAAGUGUGAGGUAACUGGGUUGAGCCUGGGUGUCUUGAAUAUGGGGGCUCCUCACUUCUGGGCCCCAUGGCAUCACUGUACCCAGGCUGGUUCCAUGGUGGUUGUGGGCCAUCCUGUGAGCAGCUUGCUCUCCUGCCCUUUCUACCACCAGGCUUGAGGGAUAGCAGCUUUCUAAGAACUUCCUGCCGCUUACCCCAUCCCAUCCCUGCUUGGAGCCAUGAAAACUCCCAGGGUACCUUUCACCCAGUAAAAAGCAUCCAGCCAGCUAACAUCAAGGACUUGGGCCAGCAGUAGCACCCACCCUUCCAAUACUGUACUGUUCUCUUGACUUGGGGUUUCUCUAAUGUCUUCAUUGAUCCUAUAAAAUACAGGGGCAGAAGCAAUGCUGGGGCCACUGGUAGAAAUCUGAACUGGAGGUUUAACUGUUUGGUGUUUGGCUGGACCAUCCUAAGUCAUUUACUAGUUUGAGCUAAGGAUGUAAACUUAAAACUAAGAAGGGACACUGCUUUGAAUGAUAAGGUACAGCUCAGCAUGACUUGAAGUCCCUCACCCCCAAAAGGAACUGAGACAGGAGGCAUGAGGCCACAGCCCACCACACUGUCUAUUCCAAGCCUUAGCUAAGUAAGGAGUGACCAUCCAGCUGGCCAGCCCUGGACAGUCAGACUCCAGACUAUUUCCAAAGAAGAUUUUACCUUCGAUUUUCAGGUGUCUGCAAAUAAAGUUCUCAAAACAUCUGUGCCUUUACCAAGGGAGGGGAAGGGGAAAGGACACAUAAAUGCUGGCAGUUUGUUGACUCUACCCUGAACCAGUCCAGGGCCUUGUGCCUCAGCCAGGGAGGGGAGGGAUCUGUCUGUUACCACUCUUUCUUCUUCUCAUCCAUGGAGACACCCCCUGGGCCAAGAGCCACCACUAGGAGCAGGCCUCCAAUCACUGACAUGGUCUGGAAGAAGUCAUAUUUCAGGAAGUCAUGCAUGGGCUUAUAGACCGGGAUUGUCCAGAAGGCGUUGAAGUACACGUUGAUGGCAAACAGCCAGACGACGAGAGUCAAAGCUGCCAGCUUGGUUUUAAAACCAAUGGCUACUAAGAUCAUCAGAGCUGUGCCCACAAUGUUCUGGAUGAU